AGCACAGAACUUGAGAUUACCAACCACCCACCCAUUCACUUUCAGUUAUCCAUUUCCAAUUCAUUAUACACAAUCCCACUGCUGCAACAAGUAACAACCACUAUUUAGUUUUCUCCGCCAAUCAAAAUCCCUCACCCCCCUGAAAAUGGCGUUGCCGGUGGUGGUCGACGCAGAAUACCUCAAGCAGAUCGAAAAGGCUCGCCGCGAUCUCCGAGCAUUCAUCGCCAACAGAAACUGCGCUCCUAUCAUGCUCCGCUUAGCUUGGCACGAUGCGGGCACUUACGAUGCCUCCUCCAAGACCGGUGGACCUAACGGCUCUAUUCGGAACGAGGAAGAGUAUUCGCACGGCGCUAACAAUGGUUUGAAGAAAGCUAUUGAUUUCUGUGAGGAAGUGAAGGCAAAGCAUCCUAGAAUCUCAUAUGCAGACCUUUAUCAGCUUGCAGGUGUUGUUGCAGUUGAGGUUACUGGAGGUCCCACAGUCAACUUUGUUCCCGGAAGAAGGGAUUCAAAAAUAUGUACCAGAGAUGGACGGCUUCCCGAUGCUAAAAAAGGUGAGUCGCAUCUCCGUGAUGUCUUUUAUCGUAUGGGCUUGACUGACAAGGAUAUUGUUGCACUGUCUGGGGCACAUACACUGGGAAGGGCACAUCCAGAGAGAUCAGGGUUUGACGGCGCUUGGACAGAGGACCCUCUGAAGUUUGAUAACUCAUACUUUGAGAUACUUUUGGAAGAAGAUUCUGCAGGGCUGCUUAAACUUCCAACGGACAGGGCUUUAGUGGAUGAUCCUGAAUUUCGCCGUUAUGUUGAGCUGUAUGCAAAGGAUGAGGAUGUAUUUUUUCGAGAUUAUGCUGAAUCACAUAAGAAACUUUCAGAGCUCGGCUUUGUGCCAAGUUCAAAGGCGAAUGCUCCUAAGGAUGCGACCAUACUAGCACAAAGUGCUGUCGGAGUUGUAGUUACCGCUGCAGUGAUCAUCCUCAGUUACUUGUUUGAACAAUCCAAAAGAGCGAAGUAGACUUUGAUUUGCUCAGCUCUGUUGGAUGUCACGUUUGUGUGGCCCAUAAUGAGCAGUAUUCGGUCAUUUUUGCAGUUUCAGCCUAUGUUUUCUUAGUACCAAUAAGAAAAAUGUUACACUCUACAGCUAUUGGGUAUAUGAAUAGACUAUAAAUUCAACUGAA